UUCCCCCGCAGGAGCCGCGCCAUGAGGCAGCUGGCGCUCUGGGCGCUGCUGGUCCUCCCUGCCGGGAUCCUGUCCCGGGGCUGCCCCUCCGAAUGCCAGUGCGGCCAGCCCCAGACGGUCUUCUGCAUUUCUCGGAGGAGCCACGCCCUCCCGCAGGGCCUCCCCCCGGACACGGCCAACCUGUACGUCUUUGAGAACGGCAUCCGGUCCCUGGGCGAAGACAGCUUCGCAGGGCUGCCGGCCCUCCAGCUGCUGGACCUGUCCCAGAACCUCAUCGCCAGCCUGCCAAAGAACGUCUUCCGGCCGCUGGCCGGCCUCCGCAACCUGGACCUGUCCUCCAACCAGCUGCGGGAGGUCACCAACGAGAGCUUCCACGGCCUGCGGUUGCUGGAGCGGCUCUACCUGGAGCACAACCGCCUGCAGCACAUCCACCCGGCCGCCUUCGACUCGCUGGAGAACCUCCUGGAGCUGAAACUACAAGACAACCAGCUGCGGACCCUGCCACCACUCCAGCUGCCCGCCCUGCUCCUCCUGGACGUCAGCCGGAAUAAGGUGACCGCCCUCGAGCCGGGCGCCUUCCGCGUCCCCAACCUCGAGUCGCUGAAGAUCGCCGGGCUGGGCCUGGGCGAGGUGGACGAGGAGCUGCUGCGGAGCGUGGCCGCCCUGCACGAGCUGGACGUCUCCGACAACCUGCUGCCCGCGGUGCCCCCGGCGCUGCAGCUCCUGCGGGGCCUCACCAAGCUCAGCCUAGCCAGCAACGCGCAGAUCUCGCACCUGCGCCCCGAGGACUUCCGCGAACUGCGCAACCUGCAGGAGCUGGACAUCAGCAACCUGAACCUCAGCAGCCUCCCAGGCGGGUUCCUCGCCUCCUUCCCCCGGCUGAGGGCCGUGACGGCCGCUGCCAACCCCUUCAACUGUGUCUGCCCGAUGAGCUGGUUCGCCAGCUGGGCCGCCAGCGGCAAAGCUCUGCUGCGGAGGCCCGAGGAGACUCGCUGCCACUUCCCGCCCAGGAACGCUGGCCGGCUGCUCCAGAGCCUGGAAUACGCAGACUUCGGCUGCCCGGCCACCACCACUACCACCAGCAGUGUGGGCACGCAGAAGACCACCAGGCCGGAUGUGGCCAAACCUGUGCCUAGCCGCCCGGGUGCGCCCAGCACGGCCAGCACCAUGGAGCCAACGUCGCCCACCUCACCCACCACGCCAGAAGGCCUGCCCAGCGCGGAGCCCCGCCUCUGCCCGCCAGGCACUUGCCUCAACGGGGGCAUGUGCCAACUGGAUGCCCGUAACCACCUGGAGUGCGCCUGCCCUGUGGGCUUCACCGGCCCAUACUGCGAGACUAGGGCCUGGGCGACAGCCAUGCCCACUGCUGCCCGGGCACCUCCCCCUCCCGAGCGGCUGGCAAUCAAGCACGUGGGGGGCACCUCGCUGAAGGUGGACCUGCAGAACGAGGCCUGGUCAUCUUUGGAGCUGAAAGGGAUUCGGCUGACGUACUGGAGUCUCUCUGGGCCGGACAAGCGCCCUGUCACCCUCCGCUUGCCAGCCUCUCUGCCCGAGUACACCGUGCGGGGCCUGGCGCCCAACUCCUCCUACCACAUCUGCGUGGGGCCGCUGGGGGGCAAGGCCCACGAGGACGACCUGUGCGUGGAAGCCCGCACGUUGCACCUGACCCACCAGCAGCACGCGCCCGUCACCCAGGGCAAGGGCACCAGCCUGGCACUCGUGGUGGUGCCCGCCGUGGCUUCCGCGGUGCUGCUUGCCGCUGCCGUGGCCGCCGCUUCCUACUACGUGCGCCGCAGGAGGAGGAGGAGGAGGAGACAGGCGCAUGCCGCCUCUGGAGCUGCCGGCCCGCUGGAGCUGGAGGGGGUGAAGGAGAAUGGGGACCUGGGGGGCCACGGCCAGAAAGCGGCCCCCAACGGCCUGGAGUACGAGGUGCCGCUCAUGCAGCCGCAGACGACCGGCCGCACCACACCCAGGACCCUGCGGCCUUCCUACUUCUAGAGCCAAGGAAGGGGCCCAGAGA